CUUUAUCAAUUUCGGGCGUUUCUGCGGAGGCUCGACGCACAUACACACACACGGCCAAUCGUAACCAGAUUUGUAGCGAGGGUCGCACCAUGGAUAGCGUCAAGUCGUUCUUCGCCGGCUCCACCAAGGAUGGCAGCCUGCCCAGCAACAGACAGGCCAAUGUGCCCGGCUCCUCAGUCGCCAGCCGCUGGGGUCGCAGCUGGAGCACCAGCUCGCAGCACACGGAUCCCGAGCCAGGAGCCACCAGCUCCGUCGCCAGCAAGAGCGGCAAUCCGUGCGAUGUGAAGCGCAAGGACAGUGACAACUACUUCUACAUCAUGUGGCGCGCUUGAAGAUUACCAGACGAUUGUGGAUCGGAGCACCAGUCGGAUGAGUCGCGAUCCGUGUCUAAAGUGACCUGCAGCUAUAUAUAUAUCUGAUACCCUAUUAGGAACAUCGGAGCGUCGUCAGCGGCAACAACCGCCUUUUGCCUUGUUGCACCAUCUCCAUUGGCCGAGUCCGGUGUUUAGUGAUACUAGUUAUUUAUUUACAAUUUUACACAAGACAUUCAUUCACCCCCCACACACUUGUACGUGCUGUCCGAUCGAUCCCUCCUCCUCCUCCUCCUUCUAUAUGGACGCCAUCACAAUCCUGGGCUUGAUCUACUGGCUGAUCUGCAUGAUUGCGUUCGGACCACUGAUGUUCUUUGUCUGCGUUUACCUGCCAGAGGUUCCGGUGCGAUAUGUGAAGGGUCUGAGGCAGCAGACCUGAGCGCCUCCAUCCUACUUGACCCCCAACUAGCAAAGUCCGUAGUACAUAGAUUGCCCAAGCUAUAGUUAAAAUGACAUUGAUGUACAACCGAUCGAUUUGUAAUAAAAGUGUACACAAGAAUGCAUUCAA